GGUGACGACAGUUGAGUACGCGCAAUAUCGCCCUUUUAAAACCGUUUCCAACGUCCGGGUUGUAGUUUAGCCGCGUUAGCACGGUUUAAGUUCGCUAAUUUACAAGCUGGAGUAGGAUUAUAUAUCUGGGUCACGUACAUAGAUGGCCCAGAUUGGUGUUGAGGCAACCUCUACGGAACUCGUGCUUCCACUCGUGUCGAUAAUUUGACAGUUCGGGACCGAAACUACUCUAAAGUCGGAUCGAAGGCGGAGAGAAGCUACUUGCGAAUGCUUCCGCAACUUUUGACCCUUAAGCGUCUCUCUCCAAAUUCUGGUGACAAGUCGUUGGAUACUUAAAUCUUUACUUGCAUAGAGGAACACUCCUUCUUCUCACCGAGCGCGGCAGUGGUCGAUAAACAUUAUUACGCAAACUCGAGGUGCUCGCACAGCUGUUUUCUGUUUCUCAAGAAAAGAAGAAAUAUGGCGUCGUCGCGCCGUUGAAGUUUCUUCCGUUUCAUUGGAGCGAGAGAACCCCGUGAAAGGCGACCGUUUCAACGACGCUUCUGGUCAUCAACUCGGCCGCUCCGAGCAAUGGGAGCCCUGUACCCGGGAGACUGCCUGGAGGACGACUUCGAGCCGUGGUUGGACGAGACGAGCCCCUGGAUCGACCGGGUGUACGGGCUCAGCGGCGACGACGCCUCCGGGACGGACGCCGACAUCACGCACUACCUGACGGACGACGAACUGUACCGUACGCUGGCGUUCCCCGCCGACUACGACUGGUCGACCACGGUGAUCUUCAAGUUCGACGUCGGCUGUCCCGAGAUAUGGCCCAAGCUGUGCAGGUUCAUCGAUCUCUGCCCCGAAGUCAAGUUCGGCGGCUGGGCCCGCACCAAGGUGUCCUACGUGCACCUGAUCAAGACGUGGACUGUCGACGAGGCGGACUUUUUGAUCGGUAAACGGGAGGUCGACAUCGAAGGAAUUCACUGCCGUAUUCUUCCCGUCAGGGUUGUGCCGGUCUGAGGCGCGCUUGUGCGCGUGGCAGCGCGCUAUCAUACGCUCAUAAGUACUUCUUUGUUCGGUUCCGUUUUUGUCUCGUUCUGUUUUGUGACCUGUGCGGGUGUUCAUGCAUGGGCGUCAGAGUGAUUGUAAUUAAAAACCUGCCAUCGAGUA